UGAGCCCUAAAAGCAAAGGAUUUGCUCCCAAUUGUGGUUUUGGUUUUUAUUUUGGUGGCGAGUUUGGAUUUGGAAAGUGAACGAACAGAGAAGCAGAUCUCAGCUUGCAGUUGAUCUACAGAGAGUCACUAGUAAGUUGUGAAAUCGCGAGAUUUAUCAGUAAAAGACGAUUCCUUUUCUCGAAUUGAAGAAUCAGAUAGAUCUGUCGAAAUAGCUUUAAACAUCGCAUUGGGCCCUCAUGUAUUCACUGCUCCUCCAUGGUAAAAGAAGGUUCGUCGAUGUGCAGAAAUGGCCUAGCUUGAUAGUUUCACUGAAUCUUUGGCGAAAUGCAGCUUCUUCCUCUGCUUCUGGUGUUAGCGAUGGUCUCAAAGGCAAGAACUUUACAGUCUCUUACCUCGUUGAUUCACUGAGUCUAACUAAAAAACUCGCUGAAUCGAUCUCAAAGAAAGUCACUUUCGAUGACAAGUGUCAUCCUGAUUCAGUUCUGAACCUCUUUAGAAGUCAUGGCUUCACAGAUUCUCAAAUCUCUGCCAUCAUUACAGAUUACCCACUGUUGCUUACAGCAGAUGCUGAAAAGUCUAUUGGUCCCAAGCUUCAGCUUCUGAAGUCUAGAGGAGCUUCAACCUCUGAGCUCACUGAGACUAUUUCAAAAGUUCCGAGGAUCUUGUCAAAGGACAGAUCUUUAACCGUGUACUAUGACUUCGUCAAAGAGGUUAUAGAAGCUGAUUCCAAGUUUGGAACUUUAUGUCUGCCCAAAAGGGGUAAGCAGGAGAACAAAAUCAGAAACAUAUCUGCUUUGAGAGAACUGGGCAUGCCUCAGCGAAUGUUGUUUCCUCUUCUCAUCUCAAACCGCCCGCAUAUCUGUGGGAAAGAAAGGUUCCGAGAGUCUCUCAAGAAGGUCGUUGAGAUGGGUUUUGAUCCCACCACCCCAAGGUUUCUCGAAGCUCUGCGGAUUGUCAUGGGAAUGAACAACGAAACGGUGCAGGAGAAAGUCAAUGUCUAUAAACGUUUAGGCUUUACUGCGGAAGAUAUUUUGGUAAUGUUCAAGAGGUUCCCCAUUUUUCUUGCACUCUCAGAGAAGAAAAUAACUCGUGGUUUCGAAACCAUGAAGAAGUGUGGGCUCCUUGAAGACGAGGAGCUCCGCUCAGUGGUGAAAAUGUUUCCGCAGUGCCUUGGCUUUUCAGAGGAGAAUAUAUUGAACUCUGUUGAAACAUUCCUAGGUCUUGGCUUCAGCAGAGACGAGAUUGCCAUGAUGGUGAAGCGCCUUCCUGCGAGCAUUGGGUAUUCUGGAGAGACGGUGAAGAAGAAGACUGAGUUUGUGGUGAAGGAGAUGAGUUGGCCACUAAAGGCUGUGGCUUUGUUUCCUCAGGUACUUGGAUUAAGCAUGGAGAAGAGGAUUGUACCAAGGUGUAACGUAAUCAAAGCUCUCAUCUCCAAAGGAUUGAUCAAAAGUGAACUCCUCCCUCCACUGUCGUCUGCUUUGGUAUGUACAGAUCAGGAUUUCUUAAAAAGGUACGUGAGGAAGCACGAUUUGGACGAGGAGUUUGUGGCUGAGUUGAUGGCUAUAUUCACUGGAGAGAUGAGAACAAACAAAUAAAGCUUCUGAAGACAAGAAGAAACAGAUAAUGCUUAGUCUAUAAAGUCUUGACGUUCUGUAAAGUUUUUGCCUAAACUUGAAUCUUAGAUAUUGCAGUUCUAAGCGAUGAUCAUUAGACCAAAUGGUUCAUGUUUCUUUUUGGCUGUAGAUUUUUGAAAUCUGGUUACUUGUAAUGAGCAAGAGGUGAGUUUCGGUCGUAUCAAGAGGUUUUUUGGCUGUGGAAAAUCAGUUUGAACAUUAUUGAAACAAUCGAUUCAAACAUCUAAAUGAAGUUUUACA